CAAAGCUAUACGAUAUUACAGAGAACAAGUUAAUUAUCUCACAUCUCUGAAAAUAUUUGUAAUGUUGUACUUCUUGUUCACAAAACUAAUGUUGGGGUUUUGAGGUAGCGCCCAAUGGACUCUCUUUCACGCCUUGAAGGAAAGCUCCCCUUGUCCCCAAGUUGCCCAAAAUGCACCGCGCGGCGCAUUGACGACGCAUAGGCAACGUACACAAUGGGCGUGAAUACUAAUCCAUUGCAGUUUUCCAUCUCCUCAAAAGUAUCUCUGGACAUUCAGCCUACAUCCACGCUAUCCUGGAUUUGGGACAUCCCUACCACCAUUUAAAUUGCAAUUUAAAUUGGUUAAGGUAAGGGAUAAGGGUUAGGGGCGUCCCAAGAAUAGCACGGACUAUUCAGCCAAUCGGAACGCGAAAUUAGAAUGAGGAAAGCUACGUUCAAGACUGCCUGAAAUCAAGAAAAGUUCAUCAACACCUGCGCUUCUUACAAGCAUUUCUGAUUUAACUUGAGUAAUUUCACAGAGGUGAUGGCGUUGCGUGCGUGUGGAUUCAUUGUGUUUCGUCGGAUGUCACAGUCUUCGGUUCCCCAGGACAACAUCGAGUACCUCCUCUUACAGACUUCAUAUGGCAAGCACCACUGGACCCCACCCAAAGGCCACGUGGACCCUGGGGAGGAUGAUUUCACCACCGCUCUGAGGGAGACGCAGGAGGAAGCAGGGCUGGGGGAGGAGCAUCUGCAGGUGGUAGAUGGCUUUCUCCAGGAGCUGUGCUACGAGGUGAGAGGGCGGCCCAAGACGGUUCUGUACUGGCUCGCGGAGCUGAGGGACCCCAAGAUGGCCGUCACGUUGUCGGAGGAGCACCAGGACUACCGCUGGGCCAAGCUGGAGGAGGCCUGCUCCCUGGCCCAGUACAAAGACCUGCAGAACACCCUGAGGGCAGCACAGCAACACCUAGACGCAGAGCAGGGGAAACAUUAAGACACUACUGCACACUAUGCUGUGCUAGGAAUUGUGAAGAGCAAGCUGCAAAAGCAAGUCUCUAGCUUUCAAAAAGCAGUGAGUAGAUCACUUUAUGAAUGGAAAAGGGUUUGUUCAUGUGUUUGUAACCUUGUCUCCAGGCUAUUGGGCACAGAUGCACGAGACUAGUGUCUGUGGGUCUGCACAGUCUUGAUAAUAAAUGGAACAGAAAGUGUGAAUCUAAAGUGAGUUAUAAUUCCUAAUUCUAUGGUGGGAAUUUGGUCUGAGCAAGUCAUUGGACCCCUGUGUCACAUACUUAUACCCCCAAGGAACUGCCACCAAACUAAUAGUCAGAAAAGUUUUUAAUGUGUUAACAUUGUGUGAUGACCAAUAACCUAUUUGUCUUGCAUUUUAAACAAGAUUAAAAACAAUCCCUUAAAAUAUGGACCUUUCAUUACAUAACUUGAGCGUUGACUCACCAGGCUUUCACCCUUACUCCUGAGAUAUUUAUGGAAAAUAUACAGUAAUAUGAUUUUGAUUUAUGAUCACAAUAAAUGAGUUGGCACAUGUCA